CGGGUGCGUCGAGCUCGCCGCGGACCCAAGAUGGCGGCGUGUGGACGUGUACGGAGGAUGUUCCGCUUGUCGGCGGCGCUGCAGCUGCUGCUGCUCGCGGCGGCCGGGGCCCAGAAAGUCCCGGCCCAGGGCGGCCACAGCCAGGGCCAGGGCCCCGGGGCCAACUUUCCGUCCUUUGUAGGGCAGACUGGAGGCGGCGGGCCGGCGGGUCAGCCGCUGCUCCAGCUGCCUCAGUCAUCUCAGCUCCAGCACCAGCAGCAGCAGCCGCAGCAACCGCCUCAGCCGCCGCAGCCGCCUUUCCCGGCGGGUGGGCCUCCGGCCCGGCGGGGCGGAGCGGGGCCCGGAGGGGCUGGCGGGGGCUGGAAGCUGGCAGAGGAAGAGUCGUGCAGGGAGGACGUGACCCGUGUGUGCCCCAAGCACACCUGGAGCAACAACCUGGCGGUGCUCGAGUGCCUGCAGGACGUGAGGGAGCCUGAAAAUGAGAUUUCUUCAGACUGCAAUCAUUUGUUGUGGAAUUACAAGCUGAAUCUAACUACAGACCCCAAAUUUGAGUCUGUGGCCAGAGAGGUUUGCAAAUCUACCAUAUCAGAGAUUAAAGAAUGUGCUGAUGAACCGGUUGGGAAAGGUUACUUUGUCUCCUGCUUGGUGGAUCACCGAGGCAACAUCACUGAGUAUCAGUGUCACCAGUAUAUCACCAAGAUGACAGCCAUCAUUUUCAGUGAUUACCGUUUGAUCUGUGGCUUCAUGGAUGACUGCAAAAAUGAUAUCAACAUUCUGAAAUGUGGCAGCAUUCGGCUUGGAGAAAAGGAUGCACAUUCACAAGGUGAGGUGGUAUCAUGUUUGGAAAAGGGCCUGGUGAAAGAAGCAGAAGAGAGAGAUCCCAAGAUUCAAGUCUCUGAACUCUGCAAGAAAGCCAUUCUGCGGGUGGCUGAGCUGUCCUCAGAUGACUUUCAUCUAGACCGGCAUUUAUAUUUUGCUUGCCGAGAUGAUCGGGAGCGUUUUUGUGAAAACACGCAAGCUGGUGAAGGCAGAGUGUACAAAUGCCUCUUUAACCAUAAGUUUGAAGAAUCCAUGAGUGAGAAGUGUCGAGAAGCGCUGACGACCCGCCAGAAGCUUAUUGCCCAGGAUUAUAAAGUCAGUUAUUCGUUGGCCAAAUCCUGUAAGAGUGACCUGAAGAAAUACCGGUGUAAUGUGGAAAACCUUCCGCGGUCCCGGGAAGCCAGGCUCUCCUACCUUCUCAUGUGUUUGGAGUCAGCCGUGCAUAGAGGGCGCCAGGUGAGCAGCGAGUGCCAGGGGGAGAUGUUAGAUUACCGGCGCAUGUUGAUGGAAGACUUUUCUUUGAGCCCUGAGAUCAUCCUGAGCUGUCGCGGGGAGAUUGAACACCACUGUUCUGGAUUACAUCGAAAAGGGCGAACUCUGCAUUGUCUGAUGAAAGUAGUUCGUGGGGAAAAAGGGAACCUUGGAAUGAACUGCCAGCAGGCGCUGCAAACACUGAUUCAGGAGACUGACCCUGGCGCAGAUUACCGCAUUGAUAGAGCUCUGAAUGAAGCUUGUGAAUCUGUGAUACAGACAGCCUGCAAACACAUAAGAUCGGGAGACCCAAUGAUCCUCUCGUGCCUAAUGGAACACUUAUACACAGAGAAAAUGGUGGAAGAUUGUGAGCAUCGUCUAUUAGAACUGCAGUAUUUCAUCUCUCGAGAUUGGAAGCUGGACCCUGUCUUAUACCGCAAGUGCCAGGGAGAUGCAUCUCGUCUUUGCCACACCCAUGGUUGGAAUGAAACCAGUGAACUUAUGCCUCCCGGAGCUGUGUUCUCUUGCUUGUAUAGACACGCCUACCGCACUGAGGAACAGGGAAGGAGGCUGUCUCGGGAGUGCCGAGCUGAGGUGCAGAGGAUCCUACAUCAACGUGCCAUGGAUGUUAAGCUGGAUCCUGCCCUCCAGGAUAAGUGCCUGAUUGAUCUGGGAAAAUGGUGCAGUGAGAAAACAGAGACCGGACAGGAGCUUGAGUGCCUCCAGGACCACCUUGACGACCUGGCUGUAGAGUGCAGAGAUAUAGUCGGCAACCUCACCGAGUUAGAAUCCGAGGACAUUCAAAUAGAAGCCUUGCUGAUGAGAGCCUGUGAGCCCAUAAUUCAGAACUUUUGCCAUGACGUGGCAGAUAACCAGAUCGACUCUGGGGACCUCAUGGAGUGUCUGAUUCAGAACAAACACCAGAAGGAUAUGAAUGAGAAGUGUGCCAUUGGAGUCACCCACUUCCAGCUGGUGCAGAUGAAGGAUUUUCGGUUCUCUUACAAGUUUAAAAUGGCCUGCAAGGAAGACGUGUUGAAACUUUGCCCCAACAUAAAAAAGAAGGUGGACGUGGUGAUCUGCCUGAGCACCACCGUGCGCAAUGACACUCUCCAGGAAGCCAAGGAACACAGGGUGUCCCUCAAGUGCCGCAAGCAGCUGCGGGUGGAAGAGCUAGAGAUGACUGAGGACAUCCGUCUGGAACCAGAUCUGUAUGAAGCUUGCAAGACUGACAUCAAGAACUACUGUUCCACUGUGCAGUAUGGCAAUGCUCAGAUUAUCGAAUGUCUGAAAGAAAACAAGAAGCAGCUAAGUACCCGUUGUCACCAGAAAGUUUUUAAGCUACAGGAGACAGAGAUGAUGGACCCAGAACUAGACUACACACUCAUGAGAGUCUGCAAGCAGAUGAUAAAGAGGUUCUGUCCAGAAGCAGAUUCCAAAACCAUGUUGCAGUGCUUGAAGCAAAAUAAAAACAGUGAACUGAUGGAUCCCAAAUGCAAACAGAUGAUAACCAAGCGCCAGAUCACCCAGAACACAGAUUACCGCUUAAACCCUGUGUUAAGGAAAGCCUGUAAAGCUGACAUUCCUAAAUUCUGCCAUGGCAUCCUGACUAAGGCCAAGGAUGAUUCAGAGCUGGAAGGUCAAGUCAUCUCUUGCCUCAAGCUGAGAUACGCUGAUCAGCGGCUCUCUUCAGACUGCGAAGACCAGAUCCGGAUCAUUAUCCAGGAGUCCGCUCUGGAUUACCGACUCGAUCCCCAGCUCCAGCUGCACUGCUCAGACGAGAUCUCUAAUCUGUGUGCCGAGGAAGCUGCAGCCCAGGAGCAGACGGGUCAAGUGGAAGAGUGCCUCAAAGUCAACCUGCUCAAAAUCAAGACAGACACCUGUAAGAAGGAAGUGUUAAACAUGCUGAAGGAGAGCAAAGCAGAUAUCUUUGUGGACCCAGUCCUUCAUACAGCGUGUGCCCUGGACAUUAAACACCACUGUGCAGCCAUUACCCCUGGCCGAGGGCGUCAAAUGUCCUGCCUCAUGGAGGCCCUGGAGGAUAAGCGGGUGAGGUUACAACCCGAGUGCAAAAAACGCCUCAAUGACCGGAUUGAAAUGUGGAGUUACGCUGCAAAGGUGGCCCCAGCAGAUGGCUUCUCUGACCUCGCCAUGCAAGUGAUGACAUCUCCGUCAAAGAACUACAUCCUCUCUGUGAUCAGUGGGAGCAUCUGUAUAUUGUUCCUGAUCGGCCUAAUGUGUGGACGUAUCACCAAGCGAGUAACACGAGAGCUCAAGGACAGGUAGAGCCACCUUGACCGCCAGAGGAACUACCUGUCCAGUGCCCGGUUUGUACAGCCCUCCUGUAUAGUGUACCCACUCACCUCGCUCUUCUCAGAGGUGGCACCAACACCCAUGUUAGAGCAGCCGCAGGUGUCCUCUGCAUUGUCCCGUCUCCGACUUCGCCCGUGUCCAUGGUGCCCUCCUCCUCCUCGACCAUUUCGUGCAGCAACAGCAGCUGGCCGCUUGGGUUAUUGCCUGUAUUGGCAAAUUUGGGUUUACCUGCCCGUAGGCAAGUCUCUCUCAUACCAAUGGAACUACCAGUACUUCCAGAACCAACUUACCUGACCUGCAACUCAAAUGAUUUUUUAAAAAACAAAACAAAACAAAACAAAAACAAAAACACCAAAAAAAAAAAAUUUUUAAAGAAAGAAAAAAAUGUAUAUAGUAACACAUCUCCUCCAGGCUUGACUUGGGCAAUGGGGUUAUUUCUUCUGUGCGACUGUAAAGCAAAGGCAGGACUUUAAGGGAAAACACACCACCCAAUAUGCUGUUACUGGGAUGUCUUGCUCAUUUCUCAAAAGCACCUUUGGACCGUGCGGGGGCCAUGGACUUCACCGAGGAGUGGGAAACCACUAACCAGCCUGCUCUGGGUCGUGUUUUCUUCUGCUGAAACAGUGAUGCCUUCCAGUUCCCACCUUAAUAGAGCCACUGCUGGUCAAGACACCACGGCCAUGAGUAUUCCUAUGAUCUCCUCACUUCAGUGAAGUAAAGCAAGCAUGAGCUUCCCCAGACCAAGGGUGAAGGGUUGGAGAGGAGAUUGAAAGUGUGUGAAGCCGGUCAGUCACUUGAUCUGCGCCGAGAGGCUGGACGCUGAGUCCCAGGGAGCAGGAUCCCAGGCAUCUUCCUCCUCCAGGCUAACACAGGACUCAGUCCCAUUUGGACUGACCCUGUUGGGGGAUAGGAGUAGUUUUAGAAGGCCUGCCGGCAGGCAGUGACCACACCGCGGGAGGGAGCUCGGGGCGGGAAGGAGGGGCAGGGAUAGAUUCACUUUGCUUUAUGCUUCGGGCAACAAUGCAGGUCCGAGACAGUGGCUUAUAAAGAUUUAGCGUGGUCUCAGGGUGUGACUGGCCAUCCAACCUGACCCUUCUGCAGGCUCAAGGCUGUCUUCCCAGACAAGUUCCCUCAUGCCUCUUUGUGGAGAGGACUUGGAAAGUUACUCUGUUAGAAGAUGGAGCCUAUUCUCCGUGGUUUUUUUCCUUUCUGUCCAUUUGCUGUGUACACCCACUGUAGUAGGCAUUGGCCAAAUGUUGUACUUUGAUGAUUCAUCAGUCUUUCCAGAAUCUGAGCUAGAUGGAAGCAGUCUUCCUGGCCGUCCGCCCUCGUCCCUCCAGUGUGGGAUGACAGGUUUGGCGUGUACAGGGGAGUGGUACAAGCAUCAGGGUGCAACCUGGCACACCUUGGUUUGAGUUUGGGGCCUGGAGUCACGGUGGCUGCACAAGGGGGCGGCAUGUACAGGAGGAGAUAUAUUUAUAUAAUAUAUAUUUUAUUAACCUGUUAGACGUCCACAGAGUAUUAUAAAUCACGUGCCUAAACUGUCCACAUAGACCAUGGCGCCCUUCCUUGCCCUGCCCCUCGUUUGCCGCCAUCCACGCGGGCUGCGGGACCUGCACCACGUUUGUCUCCCCUGAAAUGUGUUCCAUACAAAGUGGGUCAGUGUGUGGAUCAGUUGAUUCGAAUUACUUCUUGUCUAAUCUGACUGACAUAUAUUUGAAUACUGUGGUUUUCUUCUUUUUCUUGUUGCUACCUUUCCUGGAGGCAGUGGGGUCCAGAAGCCAGCUCUGUUCCCCUGCCUAGGGUACUUUAAGUCACCAAGGGGAGCUGCUAAGCUGCUUGGUCCCCUCAUUCAUGCUCUUAGGGUCUUCCUGAUUCUCAGCACCUAUCCUGGGAUUGAAACUCUUGGAGUUCGGGCAGAAGCCCCCUACUGCCACCAUUGUGGAACUGAAUUGGGCUGGUCCGCAUGGUCCACCUCCAGGAGUGCCCACCUGAGCUGUGGGAGCUUGGGAAUGAGAACUGGGGAUGUCGUCUAAACGCCAGCCCCCACCAACGUGUCUGGCAUGGCUUACAGGAUAGAAUAAACGUUUACCAUUUGGUGAGUGUGCGGGUACCGCUCUCCAUCUGUACAUUUUCCCUCCCAAUGUGUGUAAAACAUCGCCAUGGUUUAAUGUGUCUUGACAUUUUGGGUUUGUCUUAGUUGUCUACAGCAAAUCUGGAAGCCUGAGAAGGAGUUUGAUUCUUGAAGCAUUUGUCAUAUUUAGAAAUAGAAUAAAAGGGAUAAUUCUGCCAGUAUUUUCAGUUGCUUGUUGCUAGAAAGCAUUUCACCAUCCUGCUUGGAAUAGUUUCAGGUGACCCGUUCUUCAGAGUCCCAGAUAGUGUGCUGAGCAGUUUCUACCUCCAGGGGGCCCAGCACCAUCCGAACCUGCAGCUCCGCUGUCUCCGUUCUGUCCUUCAGUGGAAAAACACAGGUGCUGUGCCUCAUGGAUUGCCACCCUUACGGGUCAGUCGUGGAUCAAUCAGCUAGUCGAGAGUUAGUCGAGAAGAGGAAGCCGUGGCCCUAGUGGAGGAGCCAAUGAUGAACCUUGUCCUUAUCUCUUCUGGUAUCUAGCCCAGAUGGUAACAACCAUCGGGUGAUUACGGGGUCAAGGUCAAGGCUUCAGGCAGUUGCUGCAAAUUACAGUAGCCAGGUAACUCAUCUGGCCUUGUCAACUCACUCCGGUGUCUCAGGGAGUCCUACUUCGUGUGCUCCACGACCCUCAAGAGCCAGGAGGUUACUCUGCCGGGUUGGAGGCUCUGCGGUAAGGAAAUCAGAAAUACAGGCAGGCUGUCAGGAACAAGACUGUUCCCUCUGAGUGUCUCUCACAGAAGGGUAGCUCUGGAGGUGAGACCUUUACUCUGGUGCGUCCCUGGCCGCCUUCUGCUCUUGCUGCUGUCCUGAGAAAAGUCUGCUUGCAAGACGUGCUGAGGCGGGAGCAGAGUAAGGCUUCACCCUUUCACCCAGAGUAAAGGUUCACCCCAGCGGGAAAGCCUUCGUCCUCUGCAUUCCCUGGAGACCCCUCGGCUGCCACUCCCUGUGCUGUGUGUCCAGUCGGUUUGUUCUGAGCCCGCCUGUCCUUGGAAGCCAGGGAUUCUGGUACUCGGCAGGCAUCGGCUUGAAUUCCCUACAGGCCUUCCGCUGCCUCAUAUCCUGCACUUCCUUUUCUGGGGGACAGUGAGCAGCUCUGUGGGGGGAGAGGGAGGGAGGUUCUGCUUUCCCAGAAGAGGUGACCAAAUGAUCAGAUUUCACUUCCUCCCAUUCCCCGAAGUCACGUAAUAAAAGAAUCCAGUAGUAAAGAGGUCUGUAUUACCCGUUUUCGUAUCAUCAGACAAAAUGGAAAGGAACUUAUAUGCCGACUUUUAUUUUCCCUAGAGAAGAUUCACUUUCAUGUGUGCGUAUGACUUCCAGAAAUGUCUCCCAUCCUCCCCACCCCCAGGCUGUGGUACAGCUUCUUUCCCAAAGACCCCACUAUAGUGUGAGUCAUCCAGGCAGAGGUGGAUUGCUUCGUGGGGCGGCCUCCUUACUUAGCUGGUCUCAAGGUCUUCUGAGGAAAGGCUUUUAUUUCCUGUUUCUUGCCCUCUCCCACGAAAAACUACCCACACCCCGACUACAGCUUAUGUUCAGUGAGCAGAUAACGGAGAGCCACAACGCCAGCCAGCCCAGCCCGACACGUUCAACCUAAAUUUUGCCAUAAAACAAAGAGGAGACAGCUGUUUGAGUUGUGUGCAGUUAGGUAUAUAAUAUUUAUAUUUCAGAUUCUUACAAAUUUGAGAAACCUGGCAGAUUCUUUUUAUUUCUUACCAUUUGGACGGCACAUGCCUCACUUUAUGAAAUGCAGCGCUCCAGUAGCCUGAGUUUCUCCUGGGCCUUUAGGGACUCCCCUCUCUUCACCUCUUCUCUCCUGGUCUCGAUUCCCAGGGGCUGUGGACCCAGACCUGAUGUUCUGGCCUGCCUCUUUCUUACUGUCUCCCUCUCUCAUCUGUCUUUGGUCAGCCCUCUCUCUAGUACUCUCCUCUUGGUCUUCCUCUCCAUUAGGACCAGGGCCACCUGUUAACGGCAGUCGAGUUCAAAGGCGAAGCCCCCUUCCUGCCCUGACCUCAGACAACAGAUAAGUCCUACAAACCCAGACUGACUUUUCAGAGUGACCUGCUUCCCCGAGCCAUCUAGUGAGGUCACCGUGGAGACCCAGGGACUGUUCUCGUCCAGAGCACAAGGUGGGACUCUCUGCUUGGGCUGGGGUGACAGGAUCCUGACGGCGGUUUCCUCUCCUCCCCUCUCCCAAGACCUGUCACCACACACCAUUAGGGAUGUUGGGAUACGGGCAGUAGAGAGACCUGCCUAAGCAAGGAGAAAAUUCAGAUAGUGCCUCUAUGUUCUGUUUUUGCCUUCCCCCAUCAUGGAAUUGACACCUGGACCCCAGAGCCCAGCAGGCCUGUGUCAGAGCCGGGGAGGCAGGAGCAGGCCCCAGGGCAGGCUGCCGCACACGGGCCGGGGUGGCCGUGGCAGCGCUGGGCCGCGGCAGGCUUCCCAAGCGGCUCCCGUGGCUCAGCGUGCCCAGGUCAGGCCCAAGCUGGAAAACAAACUGAACAGCAGAUGCUGUGCGAGAUCUUAGGCCUUGAACUUUUUUUUUUUUUUUUUUUAAGAAAGAGAAAAAAAAGUAAAAUUAACAAGCCUCUUUUGUAAAUGAUUUUUCUUUCUAUGUAUAAAAUCCCGGCAGUUCCUUGUUUUUACAUGUUCAUGCUGUGUAAUUUUGAGAUGUUACUGAGAUCCUGAACAUAAUGUGCAUUUUUUUCUGUACAGAUGAAAUGGGAGAAUUUAAUAAAGAGUUUGCAGGUUUUUA